CUUUCGAUCUUCCUCUUCCUCGUAACAUAUACUCAUACAUACUCAGCACCUCGGCCAUGGUCAAUUGAUCUCUAGCAAUGAGUCGCCGUCGAGCAGAAUCUACGGCUGUAGCUCUCCUGAGCUCACCAGCGAAAUCUCACCUCCAACUGCCCCUCCGACGUCUUGAUGGCAUCCGCAGCCUCAGCACAAGCUCGGCACUGACUCGGCGACGACCCAUUGUCGCAUGCAAUUACACACAGUCCUUCAACAAUGGACGGACAUUUGUUUCGCAGGCGAAGGACGCGAAUAUUGCAGUCUUGGGAGGUGGAUUGACGGGUCUCACGGCGGCAUACUACCUCGCAAAGAAACUCCCCUCGACGGCCAAGAUUACAUUAUACGAAUCGAGCGAUAGAUUGGGAGGAUGGAUCAAGACAGAUAGAGUACCGGUCGAUAUUGAGGGGAAGAGCGGUACCGUGUCUUUUGAGCGCGGUGCUCGGUCGUUGUCUUCUCUAGUUGGCAACACAUUUCGCUUCGAUGACCUUGUUCUCUACGAUCUGGCUCUCGAUCUUGGACUCGUUAUCAACUCCCCUAGUCAAAAGCCACGAUAUAUCUACUACCCAGACCAUCUCGUUCCCAUGCCCCCCAAUGUUAGCCUCUUCGAUAUCUUCCGUGAGCCGCUCUACCUUGAGAGCAUCGGUGCCAGUCUCGGACUCGGUAUCAACUCUUUGCGCAAGAGAUAUCUCCCUUCCAAGGAUUACUCUGUAUCUGAAUGGCUCUACGCCGUGAGCAACAGCCGAAAGGGCGCAGGUACCUUGGCUUCAGCCAUGAUGCAUGGUAUAUAUGGCGGUGAUAUCGACAAGCUGAGCGCUCGCUGUGUUUUAGAUCGCGUGUAUUGGGGCUGGUACCUGCCAAACCCCGGCCUGUCGGCGCGCCCUAUGCCUGUGGCUGAGCAGACUCUCCUCGAAACUCUGGGCCAGGACAAGCAGAUUCAGAAGAUGGCACUGGAGCCAAGGAGUGUGCUGGUGGACUUUGGCGACAAGGGCAUGGAGUCGCUGCCGCAGGCUCUAUCUGCUGCCCUACGGGAGCAACCGAAUGUCACUAUAAAAACUGGCGAGGCCGUGCAGGAUGUCGUUUAUAAUAAAGCUAACCAGCAAGUUCAUAUUACCAGUUCCAACGCCAAGAACAAGUCCAAGCACAACUCCAAGGUAUACGAUAAGGUCAUCUCAACGCUAUCUGCACAAGAUAUUGCUCGUCUCGCAGGAGACAAACUCCCUUCGCUCUCAACAGCACACUCCGUCUCUGUCAUGACUGUCAACAUCUGGUUCCCUCAAGAAAAUCUUAAGCCUCCUGGUUUCGGUUAUCUUAUCCCCAACUCCGUGGCCCCUGAGCUUAACCCUGAGCACGCUCUCGGUGUCUUCUUUGAUUCUGACGUUCAGACUCGCUCCAAGGAUGAGCCUGCUGGUACCAAGCUCUUCGUCCUCAUGGGCGGCCACUACUACGAUCGUCCUGAUGUCACCCCCCCUACUGAGGAAGAGGCCAUUUCCCAAGCUCGCAAUCUGCUCGAGCGUCAUCUCGGCAUCCCGCGCGAUGUUCCAGCUUAUGCCACAGCCAAUUUUGCUAGAGAGUGCAUCCCUCAGCACUACGUUGGCCACCAGGAUCGCCUGCGCGCUGCGCACACCGAGUUAACACAGAACUUUGGCGGGCGUCUUGCUGUCGCUGGUGGUUCCUUCACUCGUAUUGGUGCUGUUGCCAGCCUGCGCGCUGGCUAUGAUGCUGCCGCCGCGGCGAAGGAGGGCCUUGAAGCUACGGGCCUGGAGUAUCUUAACGACAUUCAGCAAUUUGCUGUCGUUGCGACUUCACAGAUCCCUGUACGGCAUUUUAAGUAGCGGGGAGUAAUGCAUGUAUAUACUUUGGUGAUGGAACGACACCAGAGGUGUUUUAGAACGGAAGUUUGAAUGCCUAUUGGGACAAAAAGCUGUAUUAUUACUUGAGGGGCCAUAGAAAGACGUAGGUUACUUAUUGCAGCUAGAUGCAACAGCAAGUCAAAUCCUUUACAAUUUUGUCUGAUCAGCGGUUUUGUUGGCCUGAACCGUAAUCAAUAUAGUGGUAUUCCGUGUUCAUAUAGAGGUAUCAUUAAACUAUCACAAAAACACUCAUCCGCUUUGUUUAAACCCCCCCAUUUCGCCGCUCGUCUAAUGAUGAUAAUAAAAAAAAAAAAGAAGCCCCUCCAACUCCAUGGUUGAUGGAAAUUAAGCUCGUCGUAAUAUGUCCAGGGUGUUUGUUUUACUCCAAGAUGACCACCUCCGAGUUGUUUUGGAAAGUCGAGCCAGCCAGUGGCCGGAUAGCUUCGUCGAUGGCUAGAAGAAGACCGACGAUGCCAUUCUCUGAUCGGCCUGUUGCUCCAGUGACAAGACCGCUCCAAUCAUCCCCCUUCCCAUCCCAAACGGGCUUCAGUGCUGCAGAGAAUUCAUCGUUUAAAGGCCAGCCGCUGGAGGGAAUCUUCCGCUCGAUAUGCCACCAUGGCUCGCCUCGACGCUGCUUGAUUUGGCCGAGGAAUGUGAUGCUGCGCUGGACCUGUUGGUUUCCAAGGCCAGUCCCGGCAAGGAGGUACUGAAAUGACAUCUCAUCCGUUGAAUUCAUUAUAAACUUGAAUCGUCCCUGACGACGGGCUUCGAUAUCUGACCAUGCCUCCCUGAUCUUCUUGAAAGCUUCCAUGGUUGGCAGGGACACGGGGAGCCAGUCCAUAAGAGCCCCAAUACCAUUAGCACCAUUGACAAGCUUUUGCAUCAAAUCAGUGACUGGAAGAUGAGGAUUAGUCUCCUGCACCUGGAUGUCAAUAUCAUUGUUGGAGAGAUUCAGUGCCACUCUCCAGAGACGCGAAACCUCAGCGUCCUCAACCGUCUGUGAUGCUGGAGGUCCAUAAGAGAAAGUCACCUCCUUCAAACUCACUGACUCGGCCUUGAUAAAGCCCCUCGCCUUAUCCAAUGAUUCAAAGAAGCUGACAAACCGAUCCACGGCUUUGACCCGAGCCUUCAGGUUCUCCAAGAUAGAUAGUCCGAUAUUUGAACGCAUUCGUAAGCAAAAUUCGCCCGUUCGCGCUUUCCAAGAGACAUCACGACCAACCAUGUGGCCCUUGAGCAUGGCGAACUUCGUAGGUUUGCGGACCUUGAUGAUAGCAUCGGAAAUGCACAUGAAAGAAACAUCUGAGAUGGGGCCACCUGCACCAGAGGCUUCUUUGUCUACAGGCUCAACCCCCUUGAACCUGAUUGAGACAAUAUCGUGCGCCCAUGGUUGCCUGGUUGAAAUGCCCGGUGUGGAAGCAGUUGGCGCAACUGGUCCAAGCCUAGCAGUCUCUGUACCAGCGUUGGACUCAUUUGCAGCCUUUGCAUUAUCCUUCUCUGCCAUGUUAAAGACCAUGGAUGGGAAGAUGUCUGAGAGAGAGAUUUCGAGGGUCGGGAGUCGGACCUGCUGGGGAAGAGACCAGUUUCUUGUGUCUUGCAGUAGGAACUUGAUGUUGUGCCGAUAAAGCUCGUGUUGGUCCACUGCCUGAGCAAUCAUACCAGUCGCGAACAGGGUUAGGUUGUUCCAGAACUCAUCUUCAAGAUGAGGAUAGCCCUUAUUGAGAGGAAGCUUCGAUGACAAGCGAUUCGACUGUCCAUUUGCAUUUCGGCUGCUAUCAAACAUGUUAGUGCAUUGCAAACACAACUAUUGCUACUGUAUCCCAACUUAC